AUGGCAAGUUUAAGCAUGGAGUACUACCUCCCAGUAUUGGUUAUGGUUUUUAUACAAUUCAUAUAUUCAGGUUUGACUCUUAGUACAAGAAUUGUCCUUUUGGAGGGUAUGAGUCCAAGGGUAUUUGUGGUAUAUCGUCAUGCUUUUGCAACCCUAUUUUUUGGUCCCAUUGCUUAUAUAUCAUCCAGGAGAAACUCUGUCUCUUGCUCCUUAAAUUUAAAGAGUUUUUCAUUGAUAUUCAUCACCUCAUUAAUUGGCGUUACAUUGUAUCAAAAUAUAUAUUAUGAGGGACUAUAUCUAUCUUCUUCUUCAGUUGCAAGUGCUAUGCUCAAUCUUAUUCCAGGAGUCACAUUUGUAAUAGCAGCAUUUGUAGGAAUGGAGAAAGUGAAUAUUAGAAGUUUGAGAACUAUAGCCAAAAUGGUGGGAACAUUGAUAUGUAUUUGUGGAGCAAUAUGCAUCGCAUUAUUGAAGGGUCCAAAACUAUUAAAUGCAGAAAACAUACCUUUGAAAUCAAUCAUGGCCACAGCCUUGGGAAGUGAUGAGAACAACUGGCUGCUUGGAUGUAUGUUUCUUUUGGCAAGUAAUGUUUGUUGGGCAGUUUUUCUCAUUUUACAGGUUCCAGCUUAUGCAAACCAUCCUAAUUAUUUAUCACUCUCCGCUUGGAUGUGUUUCGUUUCAACAUUACAAUCAGGAGUAGUGACAUUAUUCUUGGAGCCAAACCUAAAUGCAUGGAAGAUUAAUUCUCGACUUCAACUUGGUUGCACUCUAUAUGCAGGAAUUAUGGGAUCUGCAGUUGCAUUUUGCCUGCAAGCAUGGUGUAUUAAAAAGAGAGGACCUCUCUUCUCUGGAAUGUUCAGUCCUCUUGUGACAUUAAUUGUGACUGUACUAGCUGCAUUGUUUCUUCACGAAGAAUUAUACACCGGAAGCUUAAUAGGCGCAAUUGGAGUGAUCAUUGGCUUGUAUAUUGUGCUUUGGGGUAAAGCUGGAGAUGUAUUUGUAGUAAAAGAAAAGAUAGAUCCAAAAUUGAUGGCUAAUGAGACACAGGAAGUGAAAUUUUCCAUUAAUGAAUCUUAUGGAGAAACUAGUAGAAUUGAUUUAGAUGAACCUCUUUUAACCAAUGUUGUAAAAACCAGAUCAUAG